AGAUCACCUUAUUCCAAUGAACCCCUCUGAUCUUUCAUCCACACAUUCAUGGAAGAAGUAGACUCAUGCCACAUACAGCAGGAACAGCCUUUGUCUGUUUUCAUUGUGAUCUCCAUGUUUCUCUGCUUCCUGCACUUCUCCUCUCUGCAGGUGAACCUGGCUCUGAAGCAGAAGUCAGACAUCGAGCACUACAGAAACAAGCUGAGGCUAAAGGCUAAGAGGAAAGGCUAUUAUGAUUUCCCCUCCACAGACGGCAGCAGCAGCAGCAGAGCUCUGGCACAAAGACAGUCACACGGCUAUGAGAGGGCAGCCGGUGAGCAUGGCAGACCGUCGGAGCCUGAUGAUGAGCGGGGUUCCACUUUUGUCAAGUCUCACAGGAGGCACUCCCAGGUAGGACAGACGGCCUACCGCAGCAGACAGAGUCUGAGCAGUCCCAGUCCUGGGGGAACAGAGAUGGACUUGCUCGUUAUGAGGGAGAGACCCAGAAGAGGCAUUCGCAACAGCGGAUAUGAUACUGAGCCAGAGUUGAUCGAGGAGACGAAUGUAGACCGUCUGAUGGGGCCGCGGGGAUACAUGUACGGCCGGGGUUUGAAAGGCCACUCAGAGACAUCCACUCUGAGCUCACAGCCAUCCAUUGAUGAAGUGCGACAGCAGAUGCACCUGCUGCUAGAGGAGGCAUUCAGCCUGGCUUCAGGGGGGCAGUCCACAUCCGGACGACACUCCCAUCACCACCCGCCUCCUGACCACUACAGCCCUGGACCACCUCCCCUCCCCUACGCAGACGUUGUGACCAGCGCUCCUGGCACAAUGACUAGCGGACGGGGAGGCUUGCAGUGGGUACCAUCUUAUGGCUCAGAUGUGUAUCAGUGCAGCCUGCCUAAACCGGCCUUUCACUUCACCCAGCUUCCUGAAAUGGCCAUGGGUUCUCCUCCCCCUUUACCGCCUCGCACUGGUCCUCCUCCUGGGACCUCUUUAAGGCGUUCCACCUCCGACUUGGGGCCUAAGGGAAGGAGCUCAGAGACAUCUGUCACUGAAAUGCAGAGUCAACAUGACAACAACCCAUAUGGGCCAACGACCAGAGCAGCACUUCCACCUAUCACUGCUGAGCAGCCUGUGUCCAAAUACUCAGGAAACCCAAUAACAGCCGUCUACGCCAUCCCAGCCAGCAGGUCCGGCUACUCAGAAUACUUUGUCUCCACCCCACCCACCUCCUACCACAGUCCCUCCUGGAUGUCCUAUCCACCAGAGCCUGAGGAUGUGCCGCCACAGUGGGCAGACUCUUUGCCCCUCCCUGGGUAUGUAGAGGCUUUUCCUCAUCCUCGGUAUCCACAGGGAAGCCCCACCAGGCUGCCCCUAGAGUAUAACACUGGAGCACUGGAGCCACCGCCUGCUGCCCCCAGCACAGCAUCUAAACAAAGCCUGCCGCAGGUGGUGAAAGACAUGGACAGCAUGCCCCUGAGCAGCCUCUCCACCUCUGCACUGGUGCAGGCUAUCCGGCAGGAGGUGGCCAAGCUGGCCAAGAAGCAGAACGACUUGUUUGAGUUCUAGAUUUAAUUCUACCCCCUCGAGUGCAGGAGAUGGUCUUCAACAGUGACACAGAGGUGAUGCUCCUGCAGACUGAUUUUUGAUGUUUGUACUGUAAAACAGACUGAUCUUCUUUAACCACUGAUAACCCACUGAUUGAUUUCUUUUCAUACGUCAUUGGUGAUUUGAAGCUCCUUAAUCCAAGGAACAGUAACAGUUUUUUUUAGAAAAUAAAAAAAAUUCCAUCCUCUAUCGAUGAUGUCCCAAAUAACUACAUGCAUCUCUUCUUUGUAGAUAUGUCAAUAAGAUUCACCAACUACGGAAAAUCUGACAUUUUUUUCCAAGAUUAGACAUCUUUUUGUGAAUCAGCAUCAACUGAGAGGAGAGAAAAAGUAGCAUCAUUGUCUGUACUGAGAGGACCAAAUAUUUCCUGUCAGAUGGUUCAGUAUAAACCACAGUGUAUAUGAGCAUGUACAGUAUUAGGACAUCAUGUGUCUUCGAUCCUUCUAUGGACCAUUAGCUUCUAAGAGAAUGGCUACGUCUUUAUUAGUUCAUACCAUUCAUACCGUAUCAGUUCAUUACAUUUCUUUUUGCAGACUCUUCAGUGUAUUUAUCAAAUAUAGGCACCACAACAUCAACAACCACUGACUGUUCUUUGUUUUCUAUUAAGAAUUAGAUGUUUUAAGUGUUAUUCCCUUUAGUUAACAAAUGGACUAAACAAAUUGUGUCUGUGUCAGCCAUUUUUCAUUCAACCUAAUUGAACAUUGAAUAAGCAGCAUUAAUGAUGAUGUAACACAAUAAUGGAAAUGUUUGCUUUUAUGAAUCUUAAGCAAAGGGAAGCAUUUAUUCUUUCAAUGUCGGAGUGUGCGAAGAAGUUCUGAUUUGACUCUCCGUUUCUCUUUUGUUGAAUUUUAAAACCCAAUUGAAGAAGUUCUAAAGAUAAUUCACAUAUGCUGUUAUAGUCAUGAAGUUGUGUUCAGAUGCUACAAUGAUUCAAGGCACAAAACCCCAAAACCUUUGUCACCAAACAUUCAGAAUAUUCACACUUCUGCCAUUUUACUCUGUUGCCACUCUGACUGUGGGGACCUUUGAUGCUGUUGUUAUUUUAUUCCACUGUGUUCCAGGUUUGUAAGCUAUAUAAAUGUAAGGAAUCUAAAAGAAACCACAGUAAUCUAGUGCUUCCUAUGCUAUCAGAACCUACCAAGUCGUUAUGAGACACCAGGCCAUAUUUGGAGGUAAAAAAAAUUACAUUUGAUAAUUUAUCAGACUACACAAACUACACAAGUCACAACAGGUAUAUCAGCAUUCGUCUGAUUACUCUGUUACUACACUGUUAGCUAGCUAGUGUUACUGUUUGCUGGAAAAAUUGUCCUUUCCUAUUUGAUCUAGGAACACUGAGAGUGAUGUUAGAGAGUAAAUGGUUGAAUCCAAACAUUAGCUAAUACCUUACGGUAACUGAUGAGCUUUAACAUAUUGGUUUCCUUAAAUAAAUGAACUCUGGAUUUUCACUUUUCUUAGGUAGAUCAAAAAUAACAAUAUGAUGAAAUGCUGUUAUUUCUUUGUUUUCCAACCUUUAUAAACCUUGCAUCCUGAAACAAAGCAGAACAGCAUUACAACAGCAAAUGAUCGUACCACUCUGAACUCAGAGGAAAAUAAACGCCUUAUAAAUUU